ACGUUUCCCAGUUUGCAUCUUUCCAUUGUGUCACUUAUUACGUGUUGGGCAGCUCCCCGGAUGCGGCUGGGACUGACUAAACCAGGCAGAAGAGAUUGCUAGCUAAGUGGCGGUGCUGCAGCCCAAGUGGUCGUUGGCAGGAUGCAGACCAUAAAAUGUGUGGUGGUUGGCGAUGGGGCUGUCGGGAAAACAUGCCUUCUCAUCUCCUACACCACUAAUGCCUUCCCUGAAGAAUACAUUCCAACGGUGUUUGACAACUAUAGCGCCCAGAUGAGCGUGGAUGGUCGCACCGUUAGCCUUAACUUGUGGGACACGGCCGGCCAGGAAGAGUACGACCGCCUGCGUACUCUUUCCUACCCCCAGACCAACGUCUUCAUCAUCUGCUUCUCCAUUGGCAGCCCCUCCUCCCAUGCAAAUGUCAGGCACAAGUGGCACCCUGAGGUGUCUCACCAUUGCCCCAACGUGCCGAUCCUGCUGGUGGGCACCAAGAGAGACCUGAGGGGUGAUGCGGAAACGGUCAAGAAGCUGAAGGAACAAGGGUUGGCUCCCACCACCCAGCAGCAGGGAAACGCCCUCGCCAAACAAAUCGGGGCCGUCAAGUACAUGGAGUGCUCUGCGCUGCUGCAGGAAGGCGUCAGGGAGGUGUUCGCCGAGGCAGUGAGAGCAGUUUUGUACCCCGUCACGAAAAAGAACACCAAGAAAUGUGUGCUUUUGUAAUAGCGCUUCCCAGAUUUGAAUUGUGGAGAUCCACAGAUGCGAACGAUGGCUGCUUCCAACGCCUCCUUGAGCAGGUUGAAGACUUAUUUUUCAGCCCCUUCUUCAUCCUCAGGAGGGCUUCAUCUUUACGACACCAUCGUCACCAAAGUGACAUUGACAAAACGGUGGCAAAAAAGUAGAUCUUGUAUUUUCUUACUUUUAAAAUUUUGAUAUUUACCCGUUCUUCACGUUACACUUUUUCUAGAUUUAUAGCAUCCGCGCUUUGCCUUUAUAAGCAAAUUCUGGUCGUAGUUGUCACAAGCCAUAAUUCCAUCUAAACUAAGCUGCCCUGUUUGACUGGAGAGAAGAGAUCUACUGUUCUUUCAGGGGAGAACUAGUGACUACCUCAUACUCCAAACUUAGGUUGCGUCUGGCGAGUCUCAAGCAACUCUAUUCUGACCCUGGCUAUUAUUUAGUUGUCAUGUAGAGGCUGAGCAGCUUUUUUUUCUCCUUCAAUUCAAGCAUCUUGAGUUCAAAAGAGGGCUGGAUGAAUCCCAGACGAGGGCCAGUUCCUGGCAGCACCAGUUGACGCCAAUGUGCUCAGUGUAGCAUGUUAGAAGUACAGGAUCGACCCCGUCGCCUGCAAUGUGGCAGAGGACUUUGUAAGAUGAGCCCCGCCCAUUCAAAAUCAACUAAACGGGUGGCUUGAGAGACAAAUUAAGCCAAAUCGGUCCUGGAGUUGUUAAACAGCCUGAAGGAAGAGGACGUCGGGUCAUAGCACAGCCCUUUUCUUCUUCAGAAACGUGCCUAAGAAUGACCACUUGGAAUUAGUCGGGCCUUUGACUACAUUUCCUUGAUCAGUUUUCUCAGAAUGUUCUGAACUCCUGUUUCAUUGGCAGCGUUGCAAGUUGUUGGCCAAGCGCAGAUGUAGCUCGUAAGCUUCACAUAGUCGAUGGCAUUUGUUCUUUUGGAAGCAACAGAGCCUCUGCUGGUUGCAGCCAAGUAGCACACUCCAUUUUGCCUCAUUUGCAAUUGAAUGGAAUUCUUAAUGCCCAUCCCAAAUGAUCAAAAUCAUGGAAACGCUAUUUUCUGAUCAUGUUGAAUUUCCUUCUCAAGUGUUUCUAACCUAAUAAGUGGCCAAAGUUGAAUAUGUAUCUUUUUUUUGUAAUCACCUGUGUUUAUUGGAUCCUAAAGGUGUUCAAAAGCACACUUGCAUCGUGAUGUCAGUGAUGUUGCCGCCUUGCAUAAAAUGCGAGCGCACGACUAAGGCAUAACGUAUCCGAACAGAAUACAGUGGAACCUGCAACGUGGCACAAUUGUGUUUUUGUGACAAUGUUGUACCAAUUUUAAAACAAAUUUCUCCCAUUGGAACUAAUGUAAGUUGAAAUACUGUAAUUUGUUGCAGAGUCAAGCUGUGACUGUCUUUAAACCUUAAUCAACUGUAUAGGAAUUGUUUCAUGGAGCAUUGUACCAUUCCUGCUAGGGAUGGGCAAGAACUUGCCUUAGGUAUCCAUCGAUACCUAAGGCAAAACAAAAUCUAACAUUAAGGCCUCCUCAGCAGCAGUUGGUGCGAUACUCUGCUGGUUUGACACCUUACUGAAUCAUCUUCAUCAAAAAGAAAGACCUCAAGUGAAAUGUUAUACAGUAUGUCAAAAGUACCAAAGGUAACUAAGAAUUCUCAUAUUAGUUUGGGUUUGCGGCAUCAAAUAUCUCUAAUUGCUACUGGUCAUAAACGACUUGCCUGUUAUAGAUCCCUGACAUAGAGGUAAUGGAGAGGAAUUGCCUCAUGCAAGUUCCGUGCUCGUCUUUCACCGUCAGUUUUUCAGCACGCUGUUCAUGUUUGAAAAGGUGUUGUUGAGAUUGAUUUCUCACACUGUUAAAGCAGAGGGACCGUUUCCAAAAGUUGGUUUUCUGGUUUUGAUUAUUAUCACAUUUCACCUCUCCUUGCCAUUUUUUGCUACUCAUUUUACAUUUCCUGCUUUUGGGCUGUUUGACUUUGCAGGUUCCACUGGAGGUUUGCAGCAUUGCAUUUUGUCAUUCUUAUCUUAAGACCAUUUCAUUCCUGGGAAAAGGGCUAUUGCUGCUUUGGUGUGCGCUUUCCCAGCAUGUUGCAGCAUCCAAACUGUCAUUGAUUGAUGACAGGUGCUUUUGUGCAGUCAUGAUGCCUUAUCCAAACCAAAAGCCACGUUGGUGCUCCUUUGUCAAAGUUUGUCGUUUUAGUGCCACAGAGCUCCAACCAAGCAAUGACUUUCAUAUUUGGUUAUUGAAGCCGUACCUUCUUCCUGCCAGUAAGCACACUGCAGCAGCUCUAUAAAACAGCUGCGGAAGUGACAUCUCAGUGCACCACAGCCACACUUUUUAAAAAUGUAAAAAGUCACUGCGGUUUAUAUUCGUGCAUUGGUCGGCAUAGUGCAGCAAUAACUGUAUUGGUGGGAGGUGCCGCAAGUUUUAAGAUUUUUGUUUAUUGUUGCAAAUAAGCGGUUGCUUUCUUUUAGCGUCAAUAAAUAUUUGUUCAGACUAUGGAAUUAAAUGAAAUAUUGUUUUAUUGUGCCCUAUAACAAACUAAGCGCAGUAACAGCAAAAGGGCUGAUUUUAGUAAAAAUGUUGAGUGUUGAAUGUACGUGCUCAAUUAGACAAACCGGGUGGCUUUAAAAAAAAUAUAUAUAUUUUGUAUUCCCCUUUAUCCGGAUGUCCUGAUUUCAUUCAAAUAUGAUGGAAGUGGAACAUACACCUGUGGGCCCUCUGUUGUCUGUGUCCCAGAGCUGUAUGCUACCAUGCUUGUGGUACUACGCUUUUACACUGGGAACUUGAUUUGUAGAGAUCUGUAAUUGUUUUAUACAUAACAAAGCAUAUUUGUAUAAAUGAACUAACAGUGAGAUGAUUUUAAAUUAUGUCAAAUAAAAUUGUGUUUUCAACCAA